AUGGCGGAGGCAGCGGCUCCCAAGUCAUACAGCCUAGAUGCUGUCAAGAAGCCCUUGAAGAGGGCGCGUGUGAAUCGUCCCUCGAAGCUGCGUGCGAGCAUCACCCCAGGCACAGUGCUCAUCAUCCUCGCUGGCCGCGACAAGGGCAGGCGCGUCGUCUUCCUUAAGCAGCUCGAGUCCGGUCUCCUCCUCGUCACUGGUCCCUUCAAGGUGAACAGGAUUCCCCUGAGGAGAGUCAACCAGCGCUACGUCAUCGCCACGUCGACCAAGGUGGACGUGAGCGGCGUUGACGUGGCCAAGUUCGACGACGGCUACUUCGCGGGCGAGCAGAAGAAGAAGGAGAAGAAGAGCGAGGGCGAGUUCUUCGAGACCGAGAAGAAGGAGAAGAAAGUGGUGUCGCAGGCGAGGAAGGAUGACCAGGCGGCGGUGGACGAGAAGAUCCUGGCGGCCGUAGGCAGCGAGCCGCUGCUCAAGGAGUACCUCUCUGCUCGCUUCUCACUCACGUCGGGAGACAAGCCCCACCGCAUGCAGUUUUAG